CUUGGUCACCAGUCCCAUCCCCAAGAUGAGGAAAGGCACUCUCGCUCUCUUCCUCCUCACCUUUGCUUCCCAUGGCGUAUGGUGUGCGGCAGCUGUGAGAAGCGCCAUGGCCGAGGAGGAUGUAGCUCAUCGUCAUCAUCUGAGGCCUCAUCAACAUGAAACCCAAGGGGACUCCGCAGAAACCCAAGGGGAGAGGAUACAGACUGCCAGGAAGGUUGGGCGCAUGGCAGGCGGCUCUGGAGAAGGCAGCGGUAGGAACACAGGUGGCGGCGCCGCAGACACAGGGCCGCACAACAUCAAGAACGGCAGCACUGUGGUGCUGCCGGCUGCGGUGACCUCUGCUUUGGCGCUGGUUUUCACAGCUACCGUCCUCCUCUCGACGCUCAGCUCUGAAGGCACUGAUCUUGUAGUGUUGCGGUUUCAGAAAUUUGUUUGCCUCAUGUUUGUCGAUAUCGGACAGUUGUGUUUACUGGCUAGUCUCCAUCCUGCCUGUGAAGGUUGUUGGAUUCUACAAGUCACAGCCCCUUGUUUGUUGUCAGUCAAACGAUUCAGGGAUCUACAUGUUAUGUUGACUACCCAGUGGAAUCUAAAAUGUUCAUCAGUGAAAAGAAGAUAUAUUGAGCCGGCUCAAGAAGUUAGAUGUUUCGCCCCAGGGAUCUAAACGUUGUGUUUGUGUCAUCACAAUGCAAUCAUAUUUUGCUUUCUUUAUAUUACUGUGCGGUAAAAACAACAGCGGCAGCAAGAACGUUCCAAAACUCACACAGCAAAACACCAUGCCGGCAGGCAGGCAACAGCAAGAUGAGAACGGAAGCAUCGAGAACACGCAGCCAUGGAAGAGAACGAAAGCAAGGACAGGAAGAACCAUCAAAGCUUUGGGAUCCAUGAAGAAAACGAACACCAUCUAUGAUUUCACAAAUCCAGUUUCCUGAUCUGUACAAACGUCAUAACCCAACAAAUGCACUAUUUGUCUAAGAUUUUUCUUAGUUGUUCUCCUUGCUAAUUUCCACUGAUAUAACUGUUCUUGUGCGGAAAAUGUCAAAACAUGGGCAAAAAGGCGCUCAAAUUUCGGCCAAAAAAAAUUAUAAAAAAGGCAAAGAUCACACGGUAUCCCCUCACGUUUUUUACAUUUCAGCCUGCAUGUGGUCUCAAAAAAGUCUUGUAAGUUAGAGCUGGCAAAAAUUCAUGGAAUCUAUGCGCAAAUCACAUGCACUGAAAAUAACAAAAUGUUCUGCUUGCUGUGGCUUUUGCUUUGUCCCCUCACCCCAGCAGAAUCAUCAGUCCUGCCAAAUAGCAAUGAAGAAAAGAUAUCAUACUGUUGAUUGUUUUUGGAGUGGUGCUAAUCCACAAUGGUAUUAAGUGAGUGUCCUGAUUGUGAGCUAACAAAAGAGUGAGAAGGCACACAAUAGUAUUUCAUGAGUACAAAUCCUGAUUUUGUGAGCCAACAAAAGAGUGGGAAGGCAGAGCACAGAGCACAUCCAGGUCAGUGUCAGCACCAGAAAGAACAAAGCUCAACUGGUGCCACCACGAAUUUAACUUGUGGAGUAUAUAUACUCUCCAGCCUCCAGGAAUUCUCCUCUUUGCUCUCUACUUCUAUUGUCAUGAAGCCAAAUCUCUCACAAAAGUACUCCUUAAAUUGCUGCUUUUCACUUUGCAGAAACCAAAGGCGAGAGGAUCCAGACUGCCAGGAAGGUUGGGCUCAUGGCAGGCAGCUGCGGCGGAAGGAACACCAGUGGUGGCGCCAGACAUGAGGCCGCACAACACCAACAACGGCGGCACUGUCAGCUGCAGGGACCUCUGCUCUGGCGCUGGUUUUUAGUGUCUUUGUCUCGGCACAGCUUCUGAAGCACUGAUCUUGUAGUGUUGCAGUUUCAGAAAUUGUUUGCCUGGUGCUUGUACAGUUGUGUUUACUGGCUAUAGUCUCCAUUCUGUGUGUGUAAGUUCUUGAAUUACUUGAAUGAGGAUGGAUUCUACAAGUCACAUAGACAUUACUACUAAUCAAGCAAUGAAACUAUAAAAAAGCAUACGCUUGUUUGUUUCCAGAAAAAAGAUCUGCAUAUUAUGUUGGAACACCCAGCGGAAUCUAAACUGUUCAUCAGUGCAAGCAAGAAGCUAGAUGUUUCACCCCACCCCACCCCACGGAUCUGAACGUUGUGUUUGUGCCAUCAUCCUGCAAUCACUCGCACGGCAAAAACACCAUGCCACCAAGACAGGCAGCAGCAAAAGAACGGGGGCCUCAAGAACAGGCAGCCAUGGAAGAGAACGCAAGAAGGACAAGAACCACCAAGGCUUUGGGAUAUAAGGUUAAAAAUGGCGGCGGCUCAGAGUAAAACCUUUCGCCGAAUGAAAUCACAUCACGCUACUACCGUCCCGGGACGGGAGGCAGCCGUAAGACCGGCCUUUCGAUUUCUCCUCACUGCCGCACAUCAACAUCGCGUUCGAACCAAGAAACAACAAACACGAUCAACCAAAUGGAGAAGAAAAAGGAAUCAAAACCCAAGACCGCAAUCGAAACCACGAAGAAACCGAGUUCAUGGCGCCGCCGCAACGCGAUACAGAACA